CACAUUGGUAAGUUUGCAUGUGACACCGCUUUCAAAUUCGCAUGUGAAAAAUGGAAAAAACAACAGAAAAUGAAACUAAAACGGAGUUCGAAGAAGUAAAGAAUGAUGACAGUGUAAAACUUGAAGAUACAAAUGCCGAAGAUGGUGAAACACAAAAGAAGAAGAAAAAGAAACGGAAGAAGAAGAAAGCUGAUGAUGAAGGCCAACAAGGGAGAGGGUUAACAAUAUCUCUGACAAAACUAGAAAAUCAGAAUAUCAUAGAAGGAGUUCACAUCAAGACAGGGACUUUUGGAUUCUUUCAUGUGAGGAAAGCUAUCCAACUAGCUUACAGUAAUGUCCAGUGGUUCUGCUCAGGUGCCCAAGGAGAAGAUGGAGAGAAGAAGAAAAAAAAGAAAAAGAAGAAGAAAGGAGGUACAAAUAAGCAACAAACAGAUCCACCGUCAAUAUCAAUAGCAGAGCUGUAUACAGAUGGUAACUUCCCAGAGGGAGAAAUAUUGGAUCAUCCUAUUGCAGCUAAUGAUCAGACAGCAAAGGACAGAUUCUCAAGUGAAGAAAAGAGAGCAUUAGACAGGGCCAAUACAGAUCUUUAUCAAGAAGUUAGAUUAGCUGCUGAGGCACAUAGACAGACAAGACAGCAUAUGCAAAAAAUAAUUAAACCUGGCAUGACUAUGAUUGAAAUAUGUGAAACACUGGAAGGGAUAUCAAGAAAGUUGAUUGGUGAGAAAGGACUUGAAGCUGGUUUGGCUUUCCCUACAGGCUGUUCACUAAACCAUUGCGCUGCUCACUACACACCAAAUGCCGGGGACCCGACUGUGUUACAGUAUGAUGAUGUUUGCAAGAUUGACUUUGGAACACACAUAAAUGGUCACAUCAUAGACUGUGCUUUCACAAUGACCUUUAACCCAAAGUAUGACAAACUUUUAGAGGCUGUAAAAGCUGCUACAAACACUGGAAUAAAGGAGGCUGGUAUAGAUGCCAGACUUGGUGAGGUUGGAUCUGCCAUACAGGAGGUCAUGGAAUCUUAUGAAGUAGAACUAGACGGAAAAACUUAUCAAGUUAAAUCAAUACGAAACCUCAAUGGUCAUUCUAUAGGUCCAUAUAGAAUACAUGCAGGGAAGACUGUGCCAAUUGUUAAAGGCGGGGAGCAAACCAAAAUGGAGGAAAUGGAAUUCUAUGCUAUAGAAACAUUUGGUAGUACAGGAAGAGGUGUUGUUCAUGAUGAUAUGGAAACCUCACACUACAUGAAAAACUUUGAUGUCGGCCAUGUACCUUUAAGAUUACAAAGAGCUAAAACAUUGCUUAACACAAUCAAUCAGAACUUUGGGACGUUAGCAUUCUGUCGACGAUGGUUGGACCGUCUUGGGGAGUCUAAAUACCUCAUGGGCUUGAAGAACCUCUGUGAUGUUGGCAUCUUAGACCCGUAUCCUCCCCUGUGUGAUAUAAAGGGCUGUUACACCGCCCAGUUCGAGCACACGUUACUCCUGAGGCCAACCUGCAAGGAAAUUAUCAGCCGAGGAGACGACUUUUAACCAUUACACUGCUAUAUUUUUGUAUAAUGGUCUAGACCGGUUUUGAACUGAAUCUAUUCUAGUGGCAAAGACUUAACACUUUCCAUUCAGACAGGUUUAAAGUUUAAGCUGAAAAUAUUGUAUCUAUGAUGCAAAGAGUAAUUUACAAGUUUUUUUCCCCAAAUGGUUUUGAUAUAAAAAAAGCAUAGAAAUUUAGAAGUUGAGGGUUGUCAUGUCAAACUGCUCAAGUAUGCUGGCUGGCCUCAUUUUAUCACUUAUACUGGUACAAAGGCAAGUCCUUAUUGCCACUAGCAGUGAAAGAGUUCUUUAAACAGUUAUACACCUUGUUAUUAGCUGUAAAUACAAUGUGAUGAAAUACAGUAGCAAAAUAAAUUCGAUAUGAUAUCUUCAGAUUGUAGUGAUAUUCUUACCUAUAAACAAAAAUAUAUGCUUGGUUAAUAAUAUGUUAAGAAUACUGUCUUUGUAACUGUUACUAUUUCAAGUAAGAAGUAAUUAAAAUCAUAUUUAGCUCACCUGUGCUCAUGGUGAGCUUCUGUGAUCCCCUAUGUCUGUGUUCUUGUCUGUUUAUACUCAACAAUUACUUUAAACCACAUAUCUUUUGUAACGAAUGUCUAGAUAUUAACCACAAUUAACUGGAAUGAUUUUCAUCGUGAUUUACGGAUGUAUGUACUGGCCUGACUAUAUACUGGUGUCAAAGGCUGGUCACUUUCUGUUCAAACGGCGAUUAAGGGUUAGUGCAGAAAAUAUAUCAUAUCUAGAAUAAUUGAUUUUGCUUGCCACGUAAGAUUUUUAUAUUUCAUUUAAAUUUGUUAGUGUGAAAAAUUGGAAGUUUAUCAUAAAAUUUUCACUAGUUUGACAGCAUGUGUACAAGCUUGACAGUGCGCAUGUUAAUAUAAAAGCUAAGAACUUGCACAGGUUCAAACGUGACAGCACAUGUGGUCAAGUAUGACUUGCAUUGGCACAAAGUUGAAACUGAAUCAGUUUUUUAAGCCAUUUGUUUUGUUUUUACUUUUAUUAAGAAAUCGGCUUUUUUAAUAGAGUUUUCAUUGAUAUUGUCAAACCUGGAUUGUAAUACAUAUUGUAAUACAUUGAUUGUUAUAAAUGGAAAAAAAUAUUUGAAAUGUUAAAAAGUCUAGAAACCACUGACAGUACUUGGCGUGCAAGUAAGUUUAACAAGUAUCGAGGAAUGAGGAUACUUUACCAGGGUACAUAUAGUUGACACUGCUCUGAAGUUACCGGUACACUGGCAUAUUGUUGAACCGCUUCUUUUUAAGAAAUACAAAAUUGUUAAGUGUCAAUAUAUAGUUUAUCAGUAUUUCAUAAUUGUAUAAAGAUAUAUUUUCCAAAAAGCUCAUAUUAUUUUACAAAAAGUGUAUUUGGAAUGGCUCUUAAAUGUUUUUUUAUGACCGCCUCCGUGGUUGAGGGGUUAGAGUCAAUGACUUCUAAUCCAGUUACCUCUCUGGCGUGGGUCCGAUCCCCGGGAGAUGCUUUGGUAGUUUAGCGCGGAGGAAGGUAGUCUGGUACUGGUGUAACUCUCCAGGAACGAUGGUUAGGAAACUACCCGAAAUACUGUUGGAAAAAGGCGUAAAAUGAAACAAACAAACAAUUAAAUCUUGUAGAAACUAUGGUACAUCAUUGUGGAAAUUGUGUAAUUUUAAUAUGUUGAGCAGCAUAUAAACUCUUUAAUUUGUGUUAAACUGAAAAUAAUUGAUAUUAUAGUGUGCUAUUGAAAAAAAAGUGCUGAAAUAAAAAAUUGAUUAAU